AUGAUAACAGCCUUCGUCACCGGCAACGCGGGUAAAUUGCGCGAGGUUCGCCAGAUCUUGGGCGCGGCCAACAUCGAGGUCGACUCGCAGGAACUCGAUAUUCCCGAAAUACAGGGCUCGACGCGUGAGGUCGCCAUCGCCAAGUGCCGCCGCGCCGCCGAGCUGCUCGGCCGUCCUUGCAUUACCGAGGACACCGCGCUCUGCUUCAAGGCCUUGAACGGUCUUCCCGGGCCGUAUAUCAAGUAUUUCCUCAAGGAACUCGGUCAUGAUCGUACGUUACGUUGCCAUCGGAGCGAAUGA